AUGGCCUCGACACUCGCCAUCGGCGUAGGCAUUGCCGCCGCCGCAUUCUUUGGCCGCGCUGGCCUGGUCGCAUUCCGCCGCUGGCGCAACCCCAACGGUCUAAACGCCCUCGGUCGACCCUUCUACAAAGGCGGGUUCGAGCCCAAGAUGACGAAGCGCGAGGCGUCGCUCAUCCUGGACCUCAGCGAGAGAACGCUCACCAAGGACAAGAUCAGGAAAAACCAUCGGGCACUGAUGCUCUCGAAUCACCCGGACAGGGGCGGCAGUCCUUACCUGGCCAGCAAAGUCAAUGAGGCCAAGGAGUUUUUGGAAAGGAACGGAUGA